ACGCUCGUGGGUCAUGUUUGAGAAAUUCUUCCAGGAAAAGAAAUCCCAAAGGAUAAUAAAAAAAAAGUCAUUGCUGGCCUUCAAUGAUUCAUUGCCAGAGGGAAUAAAGCUCCAAACAGUUGAUGACAUUCAUGUCAUGCUCCAGUUUUUCCACGACCUCAAAGAAAUUUUAUACUUCAACCAAAACUUACUCGGUAAUGUAAUUAUUGUUGAUGUUCAGUGGUUUGCAGAUGCGUUUAAAAAUGUCAUAACAGACAAAAACCACGCAGAAGAGGAUUUAUUUGAGUUUGCUUCAGACUGGGAUAAAUUUGAUGAAACUGGAGAACUGAACGACACUUUGUUGUCAGCUAUUUGGAAAAUGAACAACAACGGAUACCUUGAACAGAAGGAGGAUAUCAUGUUAUACAUGGAGAAGCUAGGGUUAUUAGCUAAAAUGGAUAACACAAAAUGGUAUGUUCCAUGUAUGAACAAAAAACAAUUUCCCAAAAAUCGAUUCACUUCAUAUCCAUCGUCAUCCAUUCUGUGUUACGCAUUCAAUGUACUUCCGGCAGGAAUAUACCAGCGCCUCAUAGCAAGUUGUUUGCAAAUCCCCUGGAAACCUGCUUCAUCCAGAGAUGGGCCAUUUAUUUACCAGACGGCAGCAGUUUUUCUAUUUGAGAAACAUAACAUUCUGCUUGGAAUGACUCCAACAGAAAUUCAGUUACAGGUGUUUAAUACGGAGGGAGAAGUUGAUGUGUCAACAUGCCUAGCGGUCAAAAAAGAAAUUGACAAUAUGCUGAGUAUCCUUUCCAGAACAUUCCAAGCAGACUUCAAAUUUCAGCUAGCGUUCAAGUGCAAAGCUUCGGGAUUUGUUGAUGGCCAAGAAAGUAGUGUGAUUAAUGAGGAUGAGUUUUCAGGGUCAGGUUUCCAGUGUCUUUCCUGCCCAGAAGAGAAAAUGCAUUUUAUUAACACAGAAGACAUUAUUAAAUAUUGGAAAGAGGCAAGAUUAGAUCUUUACUAGAGAUGAUUUAUUAAAUAAUGAUUUCUUAAAUAAAAGCACUUUUGUCAAGAAAAUAUUUGAUAUAUCCAGUGUCCACAUUUUUUUAGGAUCAGACGAACUUUAUUUAGAGAAAUAUAUCUUGUCUUUCUUUAAUACCUGUACAUAUACAGAGCCAUAUGAUAAACAGACUAAAAUAUUAAUUAAAGACCUCAGUUGAUCAUUGACCAUAUAAUGACAUGUUUAACUUGUUCAUUUUAAAUUCAGUAGCAACAAAAGCUACAACAAAAAAAAAAAAUCCGCGUAUCUAGAAUUCAUAUUUUUUUUUAGUAUGUUUGUUUCAUUUUGUUUUUAAACGGAUUUCUAAAUAAUGUGCAAAAUACUUAAAAGAUACCAUUUCAUUCAUCUAUUUUAAAUACACAAUGAAAAUUGUUACUUAAAAUAUUCUUCAUUUCUAAAACAGGAAUGCCAACUUGAGGGCAAAGGUCAUGAAGAAACAGGUUCUAAUCCAUCUCUAGAACAGAUUCUAAAUGCUGUUUCAAGAAAAAUCCAAGGCAUAGGAAUCAGUCUUUUGGAGGGUCUGUUUGAAGUCAAUUUGGAUGUUUCCCCCACACUCAGCUUUGAGGAGAAAGUAUUUAGAAUUUUGUACCAAUGGAAAUCCAAGAAUGCACACCUUGAUCACUUGAGGGAAUUAGAGAAAAUUCUACAGAGAGAAGGCCAAGGACAAGCUGCGGAAUACAUGAGAACAUUUGAUAUCACAGACGUGGAUUGCAGUGAUGUGGCUAGUCCUGAUCAGACCGUUUCAUCAGCAGAAUUCAAACUUCUAUCUGAAUAUCUCCCAAAAGACUUUCCUCAUUUUGUUCGGUUUUUAGGGCUUCCUCAAAGAUAUAUCGAACAAAUGGAAGCAGAUGGUUUGAAGAUACAGGAUAAAAUAUAUAAAUCACUUACAAUGAUACAGGAGAAAUGCCAUUGCAUGCUUAACCGAAAGAGGAUUUGCAAUGCAUUGACAUUUAUAGAAAGAAAUGAUGUGAUAGUUGAACUUGGAUGGAUAUCACGCAAACGAAAAAGGGAUGAUUGAUGUGGAAACCAAAAGUGUAUUAUUGAUUUUUAAAGAUGUGCUUGUUACAAUCUUUUCAUUGAAAAUGUAAAUGGACUAAACAUUCAUUUAAUAAGUCGGUAAUAUUUUAUUUGUUCCUUAAAAAUCAAUUGUCCAUAUUUGAGAAAUGUUUCAAACUUACUAUUAUCUGGAGUAGAAUUCAUUUCUCGUGCAGACAACGUUUGUAAUUUUAUAAUUUUUGUUGUAUUUUGAAUUGUUUCCAUGAUUAGUGCAUGAAAUAUGAAAGCAUGUGAAAUAGUUAAAAAAUAAUAUGAUAAUAAUA